CCAGCUCGAAAAUUGCUGCCAGUUUUGAAAAGCCUACCCCUGGCAACCCCUCUGCUGGCCUGCUUAUGCAUUCACCAGCCAUUUAGACACUUUCGUUCCUCUUUAUUCAAAUACACGAAGGCGAGCUAGGCAGAGGUGAAUCCAGAUGUGCCUGCGCCGCUGUAAAUGAGCCCAGGAAGAGAGAAAAAGACCAUCAGCCUCCCAGCAAAGAACCUAGUGGAAAGGCGCUCAGGGAGCAAGGGAAGAAAAGUCACUGUAGGGACAAGGUGGUGUCCCGGGCGUGUCGCAGGGAGCUUCUCGCCACAACUUGCCUGCUAAGAAAGGGACACGCUGACUCCCCCCACGUCCUGAGACACACACGAGACGCCUGCCGUGGGUUUAGAACCUCCCCAUCACCGAUCCGGGCCGGUUAGGGGGUGGGCUGGGGAGUCAGCGUCGGCAUGGAAGUCGCCACCGACCAGCCUCGCUGGAUGGCUCACCAUGCCGUGCUGAACGGGCAGCACCCGGAGACGCACCAUCCGGGACUGGCUCAUAACUACAUGGAACCGGCGCAGCUCCUACCUCCGGAUGAAGUCGAUGUCUUCUUCAAUCACCUGGACUCCCAGGGCAAUCCCUACUAUGCCAACUCGGCCCAUGCCAGGGCCAGGGUGUCCUACAGCCAAGCUCACGCCCGUCUGACUGGGAGUCAAAUGUGCCGGCCUCACCUGAUCCACAGCCCCGGCAUCCCCUGGCUGGACAGCGGCAAAGCGGCGCUCUCGGCAGCCCAUCACCACAACCCUUGGACGGUGAAUCCCUUCACCAAAGGGCCCCUGCACCCUUCCGCCGCUGGAGCCCCCGGGGCCAUCUCCGUGUACCCGGGCAGCAGCACCUCCAGCACGGCCUCGGUCUCCUCGCUCACCCCGGCCUCGCACUCCGGCUCCCACCUCUUCGGCUUCCCACCCACCCCUCCCAAGGAGGUAUCCCCGGACCCCAACUCCACCAGCGCAGCCUCGCCCUCCUCCUCGGCCGGGGCCAGGCAGGAGGAGAAAGAGACCAUCAAAUACCAAGUAUCUUUGUCAGACGGGAUGAAGAUGGAGAGUGCCAGCCCUCUGAGGACCAGCUUAACCUCCAUGGGGGCCCAGCCCUCCACCCACCACCCCAUCCCCACCUACCCCUCCUAUGUGCCGGCUGCUCAUGAGUAUAGCAGCAGCCUCUUCCACCCGGGCAGUUUCCUAGGCGGCCCAGCCUCCAGCUUCACCCCCAAGCAGAGGAGCAAAGCUCGGUCCUGCUCAGAAAGAAAUCCGGUUUCUUCGUGUUUCCAUUUAGAAGGCAGAGAGUGUGUGAACUGUGGAGCUACUGCCACCCCUCUCUGGAGAAGAGACGGCACUGGGCAUUACCUGUGUAACGCCUGCGGGCUCUACCACAAAAUGAACGGUCAAAAUCGACCACUCAUUAAACCUAAACGAAGACUGUCAGCGGCUAGGAGAGCUGGGACCUGUUGUGCCAACUGCCAGACAACCACCACCACCUUAUGGCGACGUAAUGCAAACGGAGACCCAGUUUGUAAUGCCUGUGGACUUUACUAUAAAUUGCACAAUGUGAACAGGCCACUGACCAUGAAGAAGGAAGGAAUUCAGACCAGGAAUAGGAAAAUGUCCAACAAAUCAAAGAAAAGCAAGAAAGGCUCUGAGUGUUUUGAGGAACUGUCCAAGUGCAUGCAGGAGAAAUCCUCUCCAUUCAGUGCCGCUGCCCUCGCCAGUCACAUGGCACCAAUGGGGCAUUUGCCACCUUUUAGCCACUCUGGACACAUCCUACCAACUCCUACUCCCAUUCACCCAUCUUCCAGCAUCUCAUUUGGACAUCCACAUCCAUCCAGCAUGGUUACUGCCAUGGGAUAGAACCUGAGUACCAAGAGACCCACACAGAGAUUAAGAACAUGGGACUCUAAGAUGAUACCGAGUAAGGAAAGAUUCUGCCAAGAGGAGAACAUAGGGAAGGAAAAAGGGGACCUUGCACCAAUGUGGUUGAACUCUUAGGGUUGGACUAAAACCCUGCAAUGAUGAAUCUGCUGCAGAAAUGCUUAAUGGUGCCUGUUAUGCACUUUGCCCCUCAGGUAUACAGAAACCGAAGAACUCACUUGUUUGAUACCUGCUGGCCCAGCAGAAAGCAAAGGUGGCAGAAGCAGCAGAAGAUGGAUGCUGGAACUGGCUCUCUUUUCUCUCUCUGUUAUUACUGUGAAUAUUGUAAAGAGAUAGCAACCUCCAAAGGCAGAGCAGGCUGGCUGGUAGCCACCCAUACUGGAUUUCUAUGGUGGACUUUGGGGGAGAAGAGGUGGGAAACGAGGACAACUUUAUAAAAACUUAAUUUUUAAAAGGAAAUCAGACACAGAAAGUCAUUAUUUAUUUUGCUCUUUUUUUCUACAAAGAGCCUCAAACCUUCUGACUUGCAUGAUUUUGUGCCUUUUUUCGGGGGUGGGGCAGGGGUGGGGAGUCAACCCUGCUAGAAGAAACACAGCUUCAUAACAGGAAAAAAAAAAUUGUGCUAACCAGCCACCCCUUGAUUCUCUUCAUCAAUGCUACAUACAAAAAUAUCUGUUAGGGAAGGGAUGAGAGAGAGGGGAAAACAAAGCAAAAAUGUAUCUGGAAUAUGGGAUUGUAAUGGGCCCAAGAUGUGGAUUAUUUUGAUGUAAUGCCUGCAUUCUUUUCCUUAACAUGAAAGAUUUUAUUUAAAAAAAAUGUUAUUCCACAAAUGGCU